GUUAUAUAGAAUGUCUUUAUAUGCUGUAGCAUUGUUGGAAAUAAGGGGCUUAAACCUGCUCCAGCAUGACAAUGCCUCUGUGCACAAGGUGAAGACAUGGUGUGUUAAGGUUGGAGUGGAAGAACUCAGGUGUCCUGCACAGAGCACUGACUCUGACUCAACCCCACUGAACACCUUCAGGAUGAACUGGAACACCGACUGAACCCCAGACCUCCUCACUCUUACAUCCUCAGUGUCUGAUCUCACUAAUGCUCUCAUAGCUGAAUGGUCACUAAUCCCUUCUUCAACAUCUAGUGGAAAUCCUUUCCAGAACAGAAGAGUGGAGCUGAUUAUAACAGCAAAGGAGGAAUAAAUCAGGGUGAGAGAAAACCAGAAAACCCAGAGGAAACUUAUAGAGGAAUGGUCCAAAAAUUCCCAUAAACAUACUCCUAAACCUUGUGGAAAGCCUUCCCAGAAUAAUUUAAGCUGUUAUAGCUGUAAAAGCAUCAGAAGGUACACAGCUAUCAAAAUGAAACCCGAUUUGACGUCACAUCACAUUCCCACAAUGCAUAGCAACACGCACGCGCACUGCGCCCCUGGUGCCCCGCCCCCCGUUCAAUUUAGACAAGGCUCCCCUCAAAGAUGGCGGGCGCCUCCGACCCUCUGGAAGAUAUGCUGUUCUCCGAGGUGGACGAGAAGGCAGUGAGCGACCUGGUGGGCUCGCUGGAGUCGCAGCUCGUCGGCAGGAGCGGAAACAAGGCUUGCAGCGCCAAGCAGCACAUAGGAAAACCGUUAGCUUCCCGGGCUAAUACUACAUCCGAGCAACAACAACAACAUCAUCAUCAUCAUCAACAACAACAUAAAGCCGGGACGGAGCGAGGCUCGGAUCCUGCCGAGAUCAGCCCAGCGGGCAGAGCGGCUUCUCCGGAGAGCUGCGUGAAGGCGAGUACGAGCGGUUCGCGUUCACACUCCUCCUCCUCAUCCCCAUCCCCAUCCUCCUCCUCACCAUCAUCUACGGCUAAGAUUAGCGGCGUGUGCGCGCAGGAUGGAGCAACUUCUCCCGCGGCUAGCAUUAGCGCCACCGGCCGCAGAGCUUCGGCAGCUUCGGGGUCCGUGGAGACGCCGCGGCAUUACGGUACGCGGAAGAAGCGUGGUGGCGGCGCGCGGGGCAGCGCUGCGUCGCGGAGUGUGAACGGCGCUGCGACCUCCUCCUCCGUCAGCGGCAACUCGCCGACCAGCGCCGGGGCCGCGGUUUCCAUGGCGAUGGCGCGCGCCAACUCCGCUACGUACACCGUGUCCAGCGCAAGCAGGUCCGUCGCGCUGGAUAAAGGGACACCCACGAUCGCGCUACAUCGACUCCCGAGUCACAUCGUGGCCAGCAUUGCUCAGGGCAGGAACGGCACGAGCGUGUCGGCGCUCAUCCAGCAAGGGCGCGUGAACCACGGCAAGAACGCAGAGAGCGCAGAGGACAAGACCAAAGCAGAUGUGCAGCAGGUUCAGCCAGGGAGUGUGAACUCGGUCCCGAGUGCUGUGUGCAUCGCAGUGACUCAGUCCCAACCACAAUCCCAACCUCAGCCUCUGUCCCAGCCUCAGUCCCUGCCUCAAUCCAAACCCCAGUCCCAAACUCAAUCCCAACCUCAGUCCAAAACUCAGCCUCAAUCCCAGCCUCAAUCCAAACCCCAGUACCAAACUCAAUCCCAACCUCAGUCCCAACCUCAACCUCAAUCCCAGCCUCAGCCUCUGUCUCAGCCUCUGUCCCAGCCUCAAUCCAAACCUCAGUCUCAAACUCAAUCCCAACCUCAGUCCAAACCUCAAUCCCAACCUCAAACCCAAACUCAAACCCAGUCUCAGUCCCAACCUCAAAUGCAGUCCCCAGCAAUAUCCCAAACGCAGUCCCAACCUCAAACUCAGCUUCCAUCUCCUUCCAAGCUGCAGCCUCAAACGCCAUCCCAGCUGCAGCAUCAAUCCACAGUUCAACCUCAAGCACAACCUCAACCUCAAACCCAGUCCCAAGUCCAAGCCCAAGCUCAGCUUCAACUCCAACCUCAGCCUCGACCUGCAGCUCCACCGCAGAGGAUAACGGCGCCGCAGCUGAUCGUCAGGCCGCCACAACAGCAGGCAACCAUCCAGCUUCCACCCGGAUUUACCAUCCCGUCAGGAAUGGUGUUGGUGCGGACGGAGCUGGGUCAGUUAAUGAUGGUUCCACAGCAAGCACUAGCUCAAGCACAGGCCCAGAGUGCACUUUCACCUCGACCUGCUGCCCCCACCACCACAGCCACCUUCAGAGUCACUACCCCACAGAGGGCGCCUUUGGCAGUGACAACGCCCCAGCAGCACCCCGCAGCUCUGGCCCCCCAGGGGCCCACGAUGGCUCCACCCACCGCAGCUGGCCCUGCCCCCGGAGCAACCGUUAUCUCCCAGGAAAUGCAAGAGAAUGUGAAAAAGUGUAAAAACUUCCUGGCAACAUUGAUCAAACUCGCAUCCCAUAAUUCCCCCUCACCGGAGACGUCACGGAACGUGAAAGCACUGGUGCAGGACCUUCUGGAUGCCAAAAUCGAGCCAGAGGAAUUCACCAGCCGGCUGCAGACGGAGCUGAAGUCAUCACCACAGCCUUACCUGGUGCCUUUUCUCAAGAAAAGCUUGCCAGCGUUACGUUUGUCCCUGCUGAACAGCCAGCAGUCGCUCACUCAGCCCCCGCAGCCUAAAACCACCACCACGUCUGCAACGGGAGCCGUCGCCGGGGCUGUUACCACUGGCUGCACCCCCCGGCAACCUAACAGCACCGUUACACCGGUACAGAAUAUCAAGAGGACGGGCACAAUAGGAGGGCAGGUCCGGAUGCCUGUGGUCAUCACGCAGACAGUGCGGACGGCAGGUGGUGUAGGGAAGAGUCCGGUGGUGGUGCAGGCAGGGAAAAUCCCUGCAGCGGUCAGCAUACAGCUCUCAGGGGCUCAGAAGAACAAAGUGAACGAUCCCGGGGGAGGCUCCUUCAGGGACGACGACGACAUCAACGAUGUUGCGUCUAUGGCCGGGGUAAACUUGAGCGAGGAGAGCGCUCGUAUCUUAGCAACCAACUCAGAGCUGGUGGGCACGCAGAUCCGCUCGUGUAAAGACGAGGCCUUCCUGCCCACGGGUCUACUGCAUCGACGCAUACUGGAGACGGCUAAGAAAUACGGCGUGACUGAGGUUCCUCUGGAGGCGGUGAACUUCAUCGCUCACGCCACGCAGACGCGGCUGAGGACGGUGCUGGAGAAAGUGUCCUUCAUCGCCCAGCAUCGGAUGGACUCCUGUAAGGAUGAGGAGUGGCACGAGCAGUCGUCAGACGUCCGCUCUCAGCUCAAGUUCUUCGAGCAUUUAGAGCGGCUGGAGAAGCAAAGGAAAGACGAGCAGGAGAGAGAGAUCCUCCUCAAAGCAGCCAAAAGUCGCUCGAGGCAGGAGGACCCAGAGCAGGCUCGUUUGAAGCAGAAGGCAAAAGAGAUGCAGCAGCAGGAACUGGCCCAGAUGAGGCAGAGGGACGCCAACCUCACCGCUCUCGCCGCCAUCGGACCACGGAAAAAACGCAAAGUGGACUCGCCUGGAGCGACAUCGGGCACUGAGGUGUCGGGGAGCUCUGUGGGUUCUCCUGCCUCAUCGUUGUCGUCCUCGCGGCAGUUCCACCGGCAGCGAAUCACGCGUGUGAACCUCAGGGACUUCAUAUUCUACCUGGAGCAGGAGCGAGAGACCAGCCGAUCUCUCCUGCUCUACCGCGCUCUGCUGAAGUAGCUAACGUCCGCCGUGAGAACACUAACCGAACACUCACUCAGACUCAAGCAACAUGGAAUCGGUAGCCAACACGCAGCGACCUCCAGCUUCCUCCUGCAACGUGCCUUCAGCCAGGUUUCAGCUCUCCUGCUCUCCGUGUCUGUCACCACCUCACCAUCGCUUUAUUUAUUUAUUUUCAAACAUCAAAUCAUAUGGUGAAGAUGUUCACUUUUAUCUUUUCGUCUUUUCCACGUCGUUAUAGGAAACAAGCAAAGAUCUUGACUGGAAUGGCUGUGGAUUAGGGAUGAAUUCAGUUCGGUGUUAAUAUGUGUGUGUGUGUGUGUGUGUGUGUGUGUGUGUAAAUCUGAGCCUCGGUGUGUUUGAGAACAGCAGCAGUGUGUCAGACAGAACGAUCUUCAAGACGAUCUUAAACACCUUGAAGUUGUGCAAACUUUAUGCAGCAUUAUUUAUCCACACUAAAUUACCUUCAGCCUCUUCAGACUUACAAAAAGCCCAAGACGGCAUUUAUUUAUUAACCCCUUCAGACCCGAAAUGUGUUUCCGUAAAUACACUAUGAUCAUGGAUUGAAGAUAUUUUCAAAAUAUCGUGUAAUGUUUCCGCAAUGCUAAAUUGAUCUAAACUGACAUUGUUCAGCAGGUUGCCAUGGUGACAGUGUUGCGUUGCAUAACACUUAGCUAGCAUUCAGAUGUCUGAUCUACACGUCAGCAUCACCAGUCACUGUAGAGCUGUUAGAUUUUUUUAUUGUAGCUUAUGAAUUGUUAAAUAGGGCCACAAACAGAACAAAAUACUGUUAUAUUUUAAUAAUCUUUUUAUUCCAGGCUCCACUGCAAGACGGAGAAAAAAUUAAACGCUACAAGUUAAUCAUAGUGCAGGAGACGAGACCUGAGCAGAAAAAACAACAACGCUACACAAGAAUUUCCCUCAUGGGAUCUGUAAAGUCUAUCUAUCUAUCUAUCUAUCUAUCUAUCUAUCUAUCUAUCUAUCUAUCUAUCUAUCUAUCUAUCUGUCUGUCUGUCUGUCUGUCUGUCUGUCUGUCUGUCUGUCUGUCUGUCUGUCUGUCUGUCUGUCUAUCUAUCUGUCUGUCUGUCUAUAUAUCUGUCUGUCUGUCUGUCUGUCUGUCUGUCUGUCUGUCUGUCUGUCUGUCUGUCUGUCUAUCUAUCUAUCUAUCUAUCUAUCUAUCUAUCUAUCUAUCUGUCUAUCUGUCUGUUUAUCUAUCUAUCUAUCUAUCUAUCUAUCUAUCUAUCUAUCUAUCUAUCUAUCUAUCUAUCUAUCUGUCUGUCUGUCUGUCUGUCUGUCUGUCUAUCUAAUCAUUUAACUCGACUUGAUUCAGUUCAGCAUUACAUCAGAGGUACCAACAUUUAAGCAUUAAAAGAUAAAGCAGCAGUCGUACAUUAGACGAAUGUAAAGCGAAGAGGAAAAGACGCAGGACGUGAAAGACGUGAGCUAAACGCAACUUUCAUCAACAUGACCCGAAUCCACAAACGUCGGAUCUGUGAGCUAGAAGAAAGCCAGAAAGCAGGACUGUGGAGUUUAUAGUGGGGUGGGGGGGGGGGGGCGUGGAGGAAAUGAAGUAAUUAAAUAAUUACACUCAGAACGAAAACAAGAAAUACUAACAGGAUCCGCCUCGUCCGUAAACAAGCAGUUAGCAACCUUACUUUCUAACGACUAGAUGAUUUACUUAACCCUUAACCUUUUAACAGAACCUCUGGUUUCCUUGUGAUUGAAACUCUAACACUAACAUCUUUCUGUACGCGCCAAUCAAUACACUUUAUCUAUCUAUUUAUUUAUUUCUUUAUUUAUUUAUUUAAUGAACUAAAAAGCUUCCUGGAUCAUUUGACGACUUUUAGGUCUGAAGGGGUUAAAAAAAUAAAAAAUCACACCGCCUAAGGACAGACUGCAAAGCGUUUGUAAAUAGUUUCUUUCCUAAACACUUUUAAUCAGCAUGUGUAAACUUUUCCAUUUCAUAUUUUUUAAUCUGCAGAAUAUUGAGUGUUCCUUAAAGAGGAAUCAGAGGCAGUGCUACAGUUUUUUGGGAACGUACGCACUGUGUGUGUGUGUGUGCGUGUGUGUGUGUGUUUCGCACAGUCGAAAGGCCAGCACCAUUCAGAAUCCAGCAAUACGCCUCCAGUGAAGCGCUUCGGGCCGAUCGCUCUGUCUGUCCAUCUGUCGUCACGGUGACGCUCGUGUUUCUAAUGUCUGGAACAUUACAUUAGAAUACGACUUAUUUAUCGUUUGAAGUUUGAAAAAAAUAUAA